GUCAUCAAUAAUUGCCGUUUCAUUUCGCGUGCAACACUCCAAAUUUUUGUUUCUUUCCUUUCUAAUCAUCGUAUCACUCCACUUUGUGUGCUGUGAGCUCCAAGACAACGGAUGCUUGCGGUCUGGAUGGAUUGGCUGCUCUUGCGUUUGUCCCAUUUCAGGACUUAGUUUUGAAAUUGGAUCGGCAGACAGAAACACGAGCAUCGUCAGGAACAGCAACCAUGUCCAACGAAGCCAUCCUUGGGUCGGCACUCAACGAGGCUAGUACCGCUAUCAUCACCGUGAAGGAUGAAGAACCUUUCAUCGUGUUCUUUCGGUGCAUGCUCUACUUGCUGGCUCUGUAUGUGGCUGGUGACAUUGUUUGUGGCAAGAUAUUGCGGGUGAUUCCACCAUUGGUGGGUCACAUUGGCAUGGGCAUUCUGCUAGGACCCAAUGGAUAUGAUUUCGUGCCAUCUUCCAUGGUGGCGGCGUGGCCCAUUCUCGGAGAACUCGGCUUGGUACUGAUGCUCUGCCAAGCUGGAUUGGAAAUGGAUUUCCAAGUGCUACGUGCCGUUGGACCCAGAGGAGCCUUCAUGGCCUUGGUGGGCUCCAUCUUGCCGACUCUUAUUGGAUUCCUACUGUCUUUUUACGUGCUGGAGCUACCACAUGAGUCAGCAUUGGCGGUGGGGUGUUCUUUUGGACCCACCAGUGCCGGCAUUGCCUUGAAUGUAUUGCAACCUUGCGGAAUAUUAAAGACUGCAUUGGGGCAACUCAUUGUCGCCAUUGCCAUUGUCGAUGAUAUCAUUGCUCUGGUGGUUCUGUCGCAACUAAAGGCUCUCACAGCUGACGAAAUUUCAGCAUCCGCCAUUGCAAUUCCCAUUGUCAGUGCCCUAUUGUGGCUCUUUGCGGGAGGGGCUGUGGCUCUAUACGUAAUGCCCAUUGUACUGUCAAAAUUGACAAUUCUGGAAAGGAAUGUGCUCACAAGAUGUGCUUCUCGUGAUACAAGCAAGCAGGAAGAUAACUCCCAUCAUUCCGCCAACUCCCAGACGCAAGACCACUACGAAAAACCCAUGACUUCACUGCAAUUGACACACAUUGUAAUCCUCCUCUUUGCUUUGUUACCAGCAACGUACUAUUCUCAGGCAUCCCACCUCCUGGGAGCCUUCUUGGCCGGAUUGAGUGCCUGUCAACAACCACAAGCAGCCAACGCGUACAACGGCGAACUCGGAAAAAUUGUCACUUGGUUGAUGCGUAUAUUCUUUGGUGCGUUCAUUGCUUUUGCCAUUCCAGUGCAACUCUUUCGGGACCGGCAAGUGUUUGGGACGGGUUGUCUGUUGGCCUUGUCUUUGUUGGGAAAAAUCAUGACAGGCCCGCUUUUGACGCCGGUACACCUGCCACAACCCAAAACACAACAAGCUGGCGAUGGAUCUGUAACCUCAACAACCAGCAAUGGCCAAACUUCCGAUCGAUGUUGUUUUGAUGAUCAGCAUACACGUGAUUGCUUUGUGGUGGGAUUCUCCAUGGCUGGCGAAGCGGAAUUUGCCAUGCUCGUGGCAGGAUUUGGAUUCAGCGAAGGACUGCUCGACGAAGAAAUCUAUGCGAGUACCGUGUUUGCCAUUCUCUUGUCGACCAUUCUCAGCCCGGUCCUUUUGCGGCUGACCUUGGCAUUCCUGAAUGUGGAACAACAGGACAACAAUGAUGAAUGUGACGACGACCAAAGCAGCUGCCAUGGACUGAGCAGCAAUACACCCGUAAACACGACGGUGGUGAGCAAUGGAGAUGAGAAUCCCGCUGACAAUGACGUUGGCAUUGAAGUUGUCGACAUGGAAAGAAGCCAUGAAACAAAAGAGAAACCCUGGCACAAAACACUUUUUGAGUGAGGACACACACUCUCACAAACAUAUUCCAUCUCUCUAACCGCCUGCUAUGGCAUGUACUUUAGAAAUAAUUGACUUGUUGUUGUUAUAGCCGUUGAUGGAGACCGAACCAAAGGGCCCGAAAUCAUGAUUUACAUGUAAUUCUGCUUUAUAUUUGGGUUUCGAUUUUAUAUUUAGGUUUCGAAUAUAUAUUAAAAGUCUGGUUUGUAUUUUGGUUUUGGUUUGAUUUUAC